AUGUCCGCCGUCCGAUUCACCCGCGCUGCCACGCGCGCUACCGCCCAGCUUCGCGCUCCCGCCCAGCGCCGAUUUGCCAGCACACAGAACGAGUUCAUCAAGGAGCGUCAGCACAUCAAGGAGCACGCUGCUGGUACCACUGAACUCUGGAAGAAGAUCUCUCUCUACGGUGUCGCCCCCUGCCUUAUUGCCGCCGGUGCCAACGCCUACUGGCUCUGGAACGAGCACUGGGAGCACUGGUCUCACAUGCCUCCUCUGGAGGAGCGCACCGAGUACCCCUACCAGAACAUCCGUUCCAAGAACUACCAGUGGGGUAACGGAGACAAGACUCUCUUCUGGAACGACGAGGUUAACUACCACAACAAGGACAAGGUCGCCUAA